UAUAUAUAUAUUUUUUCUCUUUCCAAAUUAUUAUUAUUAUUAUUGUUGUUGUUGUUGUUUACCUAUCUUUAAACUGGUCAGCUUGUGAAGAGUCCAUUUCUGAGAUUUCUGUAUCUCUGAACAGACAUUUCUGGCUCCAACUGAAAUUUUGGCGCAUUUGUAAAUCCACGCUUCAUCCUAAUAUUUUUUUUUCUGGGGUUUCAAUUUUCAGAUUGAUUUUUCUGGGGGAGAGGGGUUCAGGUGUGAUCUACUUUGCGGGAUCUAGUUCUCUGAACUGAGUUUUAUCUUUUUGGGUUUGUUACUUCUUUGAAGCUGAUCUUUUUGGAAGAAAGUCUUUGAAUUUCUGUGUCAUAUAGUUACUUUUCCAUAUGGGGUGUUUAAAGUUGCCUUGACUGGUUCAGGCGAGCAAGUGGGUAUCUGGGAUUUUGGGGGUUUGAUGGUAUCUGGGUUUAAUUAUUUAGGGUUUUUCUGAGAUGGGUAUUGGUGCUGAGAAUGGUAAGGUGGAGUCUUGGGAUGUGUAUAAAUCAAAGGUGACGAAGAAGAAAAAAGUUGAUGAUGCUGAUGAAGAGGAGGAAACUGGGUGCUGGGUUAGGCUGAGGUUUAUUGGUAGCUGCAUUUCUUCAAGAUCCAAAGUUGAUAGCUCAAUUAGUGGAACAAGCACUCACUAUGAAUCUAAAUCAACAAAUGAAACAAGCAGAGACAAUCCCACAGCUGCAGUUGUCUCAUCCACAACCACUAGUAAUGCUGAGAGUAAUUCUUCAACUUCAAAACUUGAAGAGGAGCUUAAAGUUGCUUCUCGGCUGCGAAAAUUUACAUUUAAUGAUCUCAAGAUGGCAACUCGAAACUUUAGACCUGAAAGUCUUCUUGGUGAAGGUGGUUUUGGUUGCGUGUUCAAGGGGUGGAUUGAAGAAAAUGGAACUGCUCCAGUAAAACCAGGAACAGGGCUUACUGUUGCAGUUAAAACUCUCAACCAUGAUGGACUUCAGGGACAUAAAGAAUGGCUGGCUGAAGUGAAUUUCCUUGGUGACCUUGUUCAUCCUAAUUUAGUUAAACUUAUAGGAUACUGUAUUGAAGAUGAUCAAAGGCUGCUAGUCUAUGAGUUUAUGCCCCGAGGAAGCUUGGAGAACCACCUCUUUAGGAGGUCUUUGCCUCUUCCAUGGUCUAUUAGGAUGAAAAUUGCUUUAGGUGCUGCAAGGGGUCUUGCCUUUCUUCAUGAGGAAGCAGAAAGGCCUGUUAUAUACCGUGAUUUUAAAACUUCCAACAUCUUAUUGGAUGCAGAUUACAAUGCCAAACUUUCUGAUUUCGGACUUGCCAAAGAUGGUCCCGAGGGUGAUAAAACUCAUGUUUCAACCCGUGUGAUGGGAACUUAUGGUUAUGCAGCCCCAGAAUAUGUAAUGACCGGACAUCUUACGUCACGGAGUGAUGUGUAUAGUUUUGGUGUGGUGUUACUUGAAAUGUUGACUGGCAGAAGAUCAAUGGACAAAAACAGACCACAUGGUGAGCAUAACCUAGUGGAGUGGGCUCGGCCGCAUCUAGGAGAGAGAAGAAAAUUCUACAAAUUGAUAGACCCUCGUCUCGAAGGCCAUUUUUCAAUAAAGGGUGCUCAAAAAGCUGCACAAUUAGCUGCGCAUUGCCUAAGUCGAGAUCCAAAAUCUAGACCCUUAAUGAGCGAAGUUGUAGAGGCCUUGAAGCCACUACCAAAUUUGAAGGACAUGGCAAGCUCUUCAUACUAUUUUCAGACAAUGAAUGCAGACCGUGUUGCCUCCAGCCCAAAUGCGAGAAAUGGUAUCAGAACACAAGGAGGAUUGAUGUCAAGGAAUGGGCAGCAGCAAAGGAGUCUUUCCAUUCCACAUGGUUCCCAUGCUUCUCCAUUUCAUCAUCAGUAUCCACAUCAGUCACCAAAACCAAAUGGCAAAGCAUAGGGUUGAGUUGGGAAAGCCGACUCUCUGUUUCUCUUCACCACCCUUCUCCUCAGCAUUCGUUUCUUUUUCUCACCUUCCUCAGUAUAGAUGUAUCUUUUGUUAGCAUUUGUUCUUGAACUGAAAAAGCAGCAGAGAAACAAGUUUUCUUGAUGUUGUUGUGUUUAGAGUGGUGAUCCUAAAGGGAAGGGAGUGGGAGAAGCUUCUUGAGCAGAAUUUCUUUUUUUAAGUCAUUAUUUGGAAGCAUUGAAAGAUUAUUACCUUCCUUCAAUCUGUAUUCUGUUCAUCAUAUUCCCUUGAUCAAUACAAGUCCUUGUUUCAUGGUCA